AUUGCCGAUACCAUACAACUAAUAGACGAGAUUAGGAUUUAUUUAGGAAGGAGCUAACUUCGGUUUCACGGCUAUUAAAGUGCGCUAGCUAUGUUCACUUUUACAUCUCUAUAAAACAACGAUUUUGAAGUGAAUGUUCCACUUUUCGUUCACGAUAAGAAACAUGUUAUGAUUGAACACAGCUAUGAAUUCAGAAGUAGAAUUUCACAUCAGAAACAACUAUCCUUGGGGAAAGCUCCCAGGAAAUAUUAAGCAGUUACUUGGUCAUUCCCCAAAGGAAUAUGAGAAAUGUGUCUUCAGCUAUAGUAUCAAGAAUCAACUUCGUUUCAAAGGCAACCUCAUACGGCAAGUAAAGAAAGAUGAUCGCAAGUACUACGAAGACCUGCUCAAGUACAGCCGAGAUCACCUGAUGCUAUACCCUUAUCAUCUAUCGGACAUCACAGUCAAAGGACUAAGGAUAACACCCUUCUCUUACUAUCUGAGCAUGAUGCAUGAUAUUAUGUCGAGUGAAAAGAGCUACGACUCACUGCCGAACUUUACUGCUGCUGAUUGUUUAAGAUUACUUGGGAUCGGAAGAAACCAGUAUAUUGACAUCAUGAAUCAAUGCAGAUCAUCAAAGAAAUUCUUCCGGAGGAAACCGAUCCGUGACCUGCUUCCAGGCAAGCCUAUAGAGGAUGUGAGCGUGGAGGCAUGGUGGAUGGUGCAAGCUGGAUACAUUACCGAGGAUGAUAUCAGGACUGUGUCAAUAGCUGAGAAGAAUGCCAUAGAUAGAAUCAUUGAUACAGGGUCACAACCAGCCGGUGCAAUGGAUUAUUACGUUGUGCAUAAAUUAUAUCUGAAAGGCCUUGUUUAUGUUGAUGUGCCAAUUGAAGAUGAUGACUAUAUCUCAGUACCACCAUUGGAAGGCUUUGUCAUGAAUCGUCUCCAAGGUGAUUACUUUGAGAAGCUCCUCUAUAAAAUCUUUGUCUCCAUCGAUGAACACACAACAGUCGCAGAGCUUUCCAAUGUGCUCCAGAUUGACCUUGGUCUAGUGAAGAAUGCCAUCUCAAUGUACUGCAGACUAGGAUUUGCUAAGAGGAAAGGACAGGACCUAGAUAUGGAAGCUUUACAUCCGUCGUGGCAAGACAUUCUUCAGGCAAAUGGCACCAAAAAAUCUACAGUUCAAGAUGAUCUGCUUCUCAUCGACUGGGGAGCUGCUCACACCACUAACUCUGAGAAGACCUCCCCAUCCAACGAGGGCUCCAUCGACACCUCUGACAUCGCCAGCAUCGACGAGUCCGAGGUUUCGACAUCAGCGAUCACGGCGACUGGAGGUCAUUCAAAGAGGAUAGCUUUCCUGUUUGAUUCCACCCUGACAGCCUUCCUCAUGAUGGGAAAUUUAUCUCCAGGUCUGAAGAGCCAUGCAGUCACCAUGUUUGAGGUCGGUAAACUUUCCGACGAGUCUCUGGACAGCUUUCUUGCCGAGUUAGAUCGGGUUCCUAAAGACAGUGUAGUGGAAGGAGAAGCGCAGCGAUACUUUGAACAUGCUGUCAUACUCAAAAACACAAUCACAUUCCUAAGAUACAAUAAGGACAUAUCCCCUGAUUCUGAUGGUGUGAGUAAAGGUAUGGGUAUAGAUCUGCUAAGGUGCGAGAGUUUACUGGGUCUAGAACCAGCUACGUGUGCUCGGGUACUACAGAAAAACUAUGAGAUUUUGGUAUCAAUGGCCCCUCUUAGCAAUGAAAUCAGACCUAUUAGCAGCUGUACGCCACAACAUAUAGGACCUGCUAUACCAGAGGUGAAUUCCUUGUGGUUCAAGCUGUAUCUAUACCACCUUGUUGAGUGUGGUCCACCAUCUCUCCUUCUUGUCAAAGGAAGCAGGUUAAGAUACCUCCCUACAAUGUUUCAGGAGUUUGAUCGGUUAUUGGUCACAACAUGGGGCCACGAUCCAGGAUUGGUCAGUACAUCAAAUGCCCUCUUUACAAUAAACGAUGCCCUCGCUCACUCAGCUGUGCUAAUUCAGGCGCAUGGUUGGCUCAGUGAUGGGGAGACAGUAUGCGUACCAUUUCCUUUGGAUGAAAGCUCAAGAAUAGGUUACUUAACAAGGAGUUCCAUGCACACUCACAGAACAGUCAAGAAGCUUGAGGAGGAGCUGGACCUCACCCACUCCUGUGGCUACAUCACCCUCCUCAAAUCAGGCUGUCUGUCAUCUCCGCAGCAUCCUCCGCCAAGCAGCCAAGAUGGCAAGGACGGUCCCGACGAUGACGAGGAUGCUCAGAGUCGGCUGACUGCAUCGCAGCUCAGCGAGGCGGCCGACGAUGAGGAAGGUCUAGGGGAGGCAGCGGAUGGUGCAGAGAGCAAGAGCCUGGAUGUCGAGAAGGCUAAAGAUUCAAUGCAGCUACUGCUAGGAUCAAGACAGGUACCAGACGAAAGGGAGAGGAUCAACUCCGAAGAGCUGGAAUCAAACUGGGUGCUCUUGGACCUUAGCUUUGGGGUCCCUCUCUUUGAUGAGGUGGUCAAUCAGGAAGUUUGCCAGAGGAUAGCUGAAAAGCGCCUGUGCCAGAAGAAGAGCUUGGAGUGCUUACUUCAUUCAAGUCGGAAGCUGUCACUCCAGCUGCUCAAUUUUAUUGCAAGGCAACAGGACUUACCCGUGGUGCCAGACUUGCCGGCCGAUGCUGCCAUGAUGCCCUCAUCGACCCAGCGCAGCCAGUCACCGACCCUUCCCUACCCCACAAGGAAUCUUGUAUUCCAGGACGGCAAGCUAGGCGUCUGGGACCCCACAGCUAGGUGAACGCCUACCCUUCUAGUGCUGUAGCUUAUUAGACAAACCGUACAUGUGGUCCUCAAUACACAAAGCUUUGCAAUUGAUCGUGUAACUGUUUUUGUACCUCUGGCUGCUGUAGGUUCAUGCCAGAAGCAUUUUGAUAUGUAUUUGGGUCGUCAAUAUGUCUAUCCCAUUUUCUUUCUCAAAAUAAUUAAAAAGCCUUGAGGAACCAUCUCCAAGCUCUAUCCACAUUUGCUUACAGUACAGAGGAUGAUCUGGGGCCCCCGUAACACAAAAAUUAGUGAUUAAUUGCAAAAUGGAAUGGCCUAUCAAGACUUAAGUUGCAUGCACAUUUUUGCUCAUUGGACUGACUAGGAACCAAUCAGAAUUGCUCUUUCAAAUCAGCGAUUAAUUGCUAACAUUUGUGUUAAGGGGCCCAGGUUUGUUUAUUUGGGUAACAAGGUCAAAGGGCAAAGGCCUCAAAGUCUAUCAUAUUCCAGAGAAUAUACAAUAACUGGAGAAAAAACCCUGUAAAGGAUCAAAUUCAGACCUUGGUUAUUCUGUUUGAGAUCGACGAUGGUCUGAUUGCGAUUUUUAUCUUCAGGAGCAAAAUACUGCUCUACUCUAUGACUGAUCCAGAAGAUCAUGUUUUAUUCCAUAUUCCAGGGAAGUGUCUCUUCAAAAUUUCUGUCUGACAGGUUGUUGGAUCUGACAAAUCUUCUUGAUUUUGAUAGGUUAAAAAAACACUUUUACUACGGCAACUGUCAGAUUAAACGUCUGAGGUCCUUUCAUGAGAUGCUUCUCUGGCGUUUGUAGAGGCAUGCAGGACUUCAAAAUCAUGUUCAGAAAACAUCUCUCCUACAACUGUUUUGUGGCCAGCUUUGUGAACAGCCCUGCUAAGUGAGUGUUCUCGGGACUGCUUUGACUUUUAAGCUACAGCACUAAACCUUAUCUAAUCUUGUGAUCAACAUGGCAUUACCAUGUCAUCUCAACUGAGGAAUUUGGUGCAAUGAAAAAGUGUAAUUGGUUAUGAUUUAGAUUGUAUUUCUGAAGACUGAUAUGACAGGUGUUCCAUUAUAUCAGGUGUUCCAUUUUUAUAUAGAAACUGCACUGUGGAGCUUGUGAUUUGUAAUAUAAUGGCAUCUACAUUAUACUGAAAGAAGGAUGUCUGAAGUAAUGUAAAAGUUCUUUGAGAGCACAUACAGACAUUGUGUCAUGUAAUGUAUUACAUACCUGUACAAGGUAAGUGUAUGUAUUCCCUUGAUAUGUACAAGACCUGGGCCCCGUAACACAAAGGUUAGCGAUUAACCGCUAAAUAAAAUAGCCUAUCAUGAUCAUCGUUGCAUGAGCAUUUGGCUCACUAGACUGACUGGGAACCAAUCAGAAUAGUUCUUUCAAAGUAACAAUUAAUCGCUAACCUUCUGUUACGGGGCCCUGUUUAUUGUUGAUAAUAGAGCGCUAAUCAUGACAUCAUCAAAUCUGUAAAUACAUGUACAUUUCAAAAAUAUUUGUAACCAUUAUAGCAUUUAUCACUUAUUACUAGACCAAUCUGCUGCACAAAAAAUUCCCAUUUUUUUCUGAGAUCCACAGUAAGUCUGUGAGAGAGAGAUACAUGUAACUGUGAUACUGUGUGCAAUACAUGUGUUCAUGUAAGGGAUGUAGUCGAGGCUGGUCCUUCUCCCGUAGACGUUGUACAAGUGACUUGGGCCAAGGCCGGCAAAAUGUUGACUUGUGGCCAACCUUGACUACAUCCCUGCUUCAUGCUCUCAAAUGUUAUUGUACAACGCCUACUUAGCUUGUUGUACGCGAGCAAAUGGGAGGCUUAAUGUCAAACAUUCGUACCGUUGCACACAAGACGUACCGUCCAAAAUGUACCAUUGCACGGCUUUAGGAGGUGACGUUACAAUACGAUUUAAUUCAUUGCGCUCAGUAAAAAUGAAGGUGCAAUACGUGUAUAAGCCUGCUGGCCAAAUGCGUAAUGCUGCCCAAGGUCAUGUGCGCUUGUGGGAUUUUGCUUUUCGCUUUCUUUUUUUAUUUUUGCUCCCUUUUCAUAGAUUACUGCAGGGAAAAACUCUUGUUUUUAUUUGCUAAAUUCUGAGGUGUUGUACAACACAAAUAGUGAAUAUUCUUAUUUGUGCAAUGGUGCGAGAUUUCGCAUUUGGUGAAAGAAAGAGACGCUCUAUUCAACUCGGCUAAUGCCUCGUUGAAUAGAGCAUCUUUCUUUCACCUCAUGCGAAAUCUCGCACCAUCGCACUCAUGCCUAUUCGCUAUUUGUUUACCAUUCAAUGGGGGAUACUUUUUAAAUGGUUUACCCCCUUUGUAUUUAUCUUACCUUUAUUUUCGUAGUUUUAAUGAAUGAACUAUUAUAGGUCUAUACUUAAGUUAUAAGAGACCUGGGGGCAUUAUCUACUUUUCAUCCACACCCCCCCCCUCAAAACAAAACAAACAUUGCUGUGAAAUCUUGCAGACUUCGGUGAUCUCAUUUUUGAUGGCCGGGUGCGUGUUUCAUAAAGAUGUUCAUAAAUUACGAGUGAGUUUACUCAUGACUGGUGACCCUUUCUUAAAAACUAAAUCAACGCCAAUGGAAAUUUGAUGUGUAUCGCUUACCACAAGAAAGGAUCACCGGUCAUCCGUAAAGUCGCUCGUAACUUACGAACAGCUUUAUAAAACACACACCUGGUACCUGAUUCUUAUGAGCUGUAUGCCCCGUUUCAUUUGCUCCUACUGAUUAUUGGACCAAAAUUGCACAAAGAUCUGAUUCUAUGUACAGUUUCAAUACAAUGAGUGCUUUUAGCCAAAGUUCGUCACUGAAUCAUCGUUCUUGCUUUGAAACCAAUAAUCCUGUUUAUGGCUUCCAAAGUAUUGCAAAGAUCAAAAUGUCUGAAAACACACAGUAAAAAUGAAUUAAAGGGGAAGGGAUAUGCCUCAUUUUCUUGAACUAUUUGUAAAUUUUGCUAGAAAUAAAUUGUCAUAAUUUGAUUGAGCCCUUUGGAGCAGAUUUCAUUACAAUAUACAUAUGAAACAAACUUUCUGUAGUUCCCAACGUUAGGUAACGUGGUCUUUGUCACCAACAGGUUUAAGACCCUAAAUAUUAUUGAAUGAAAUCACUGAGGGAAGAUUGACCAUUCCUACAUGUAUUUGUACCUGUACAUGUAUGCAGUGACAAGCAUGCAGAUUUCUGUUAAAUCGGGCAAUCCAUGACCAAGUUCCAAAGGGGCCAAACAACUCUUAUGUACAUAAACGUACCGGGUAAUUCCGAUGAACGAUGGAUACAAUUAACAGAGGAAGCAUACAAUUGCUAGAACAGAAAUAGACAAAGGUAGAUUUUGGGAAGAUGUGAUGAAGAAUACUGCAAAAGAAAUACACCUUCUAAAGGCUUUUAUUGAGCAAGAAAUCGUACGACGAAAUUGAAAUAUGAUAGAAGUAAAACGUGCUAUGACUUGUCAAUGUCUUAAGGAUUUUGACAUCAGAAAGCAGUGAUCACCAGCAUUUUCUGAUCUAAAUGUACAUGUAUGUAUCUUUUAUCCGCAUAAUAUGCAGUAAAUCCAUCUACACACAUAGUUUCUUUCUUUUAGGCCUUGAUUUAUGUUGCUUACAAUCUGGGGCCUGUAACACAAAGCUUAUCAAUCAUGGUAGAACAUUCAUUUUGCAAUUGAUUGAUUGAUGUCUACAAUGCACGAUUAAUCCCGAAAAUCGAGCAUACAAUUAAUUGCUAUCUAUUGUUUUACGGGACCCUGAUGUAAAAAUUGAGUUUCUUUUAUCGGUCAGUUUUUGCUUUUAUUUUUAAGUUUGUACCCCAUUAAGUAUUGUGCUGCAGGUCAAGUGUAUGAAAAUAUAGUGCGUAGAAUCAGUGACCAAAUGUGUAAAAUGGACAUUCUUGAAUGAAAACUUAUAGACAAGGUGUGAUGUUGUGAUCUACAUUGAUAUUGUAAAUAUUGUAUGAUACUGACUGCAGUACUUUGCUUUUAAUUUCUGGUGUUUUACUUUCAUCUACAGUAAUGAGAUGCAUUGAUCUUGCCAUAUGAUUGCUUCAGUAAGUCUUGACAUGUCAUUCAAUAGUGCAUUCUGCUAAAUAAAUUCUGCUAAGAUAAAUUUAUGGCUGCUCUAAACUAGUCACCGUCGCAUCUGCACCCGACCACAGCGUCAUGGAACUUUCGUUCUGUUGCCGUGUACCUGUGAUGAUGAUGAUGAAGUUGCACCCUUAUUGUGACAUCGAUCCUUUGGGUUAAUCUUGAGAGAUCGGUCGAGUACUAUGUAUUCAAACCCAUGAAUUAAUCACAGUGUUUUUUUAUCAAAGUUAUUACACAGAGUGAUUACAAACCUCACUUUUCUAAGGGCCGUUUAAUAGUGUGUAGCCCAGGUUAAAGAGAAGAUUUUGUGAUUCAUGUGCUGGCUUAUUAUUCUACCACUCAUAUCCUACAAUUGUGCCGUGACCAGUAGAUUUCAUAAAGAAAACGAUUCUAGGGGAAUUAUUCUGCAGGCACAGACCUUUCGUUUUUGUAAUUUGCAUAGUGCAUAAUACAGAGUCUAAAGUAUUGAGACUAGAUUCAAUGUGUACUGCAGCUGCCUCUACCACUGACAAAGAGUUUGGCGUCUAGCCUUCACUCUAGACAUGGUGUAAUUGGUUAAAUUGUCAAAAUCGAGUCUGUGCUUGAAGACUAACAGAUAGUUUUAAGGCCCUCUUUUAACAAUAGCUUUAUUUUUUCCCUAUUAUGAGCCCGUAAAAUACCUGUCAUAGAUUUUAUUAAUGCAUGUUUCAUGUCCAAAAGGGAUGAAUAGAUACACGUAUUGUGUCCCAUAUUUUUCUACCCAUUCCAUGCCUGUUGAGUGUGUGUAUUUUAAAAGGCAAUAUCUUGGGGACCCAAUUUAUUAUUUUAGCCUCUCAAAUUGUAAAUUGUUGCUGAUUUACAUGUAUAUUUAAUUUUUAGACCACAUCUUUGGUACAAAUUGUGUUUUCCAUGUAUGAUAUGAUAUUUCAUGUCAUGUGUUAAUGAGUUCAAACUUUCAAAUGGAUAUCCUUUAUAGGUACAUAAAUCUAUAUAUGGACUUUUAAGUUAACAAGAGGCCUUGCACAUACAUCUUGUGUUACAAAGAAAGAACACGCAAUUAAAUUUGAAGUUAUAGAGGUGUGACAAUAGAAAAUUUGACUUCUCUGAAUGCAUGUGGUUGUUCAAAAUCAUUCAAAUUCAUUACUUGUUCACAAAUUUGCUAGUUGUUUGCAAUGUCAACCUUUGCAUGAUUGCCACAUCCCAAACCGAGUUUUAAAGUAUUGCCAUGUUAGCCACUCAUUGUCAUUGCUUCCAACCAUCAAACUUUUGUAAAAUACAGCAGUAAAUUUGUCUUUUUUAAUAUAGAAACAUACGAGUUAUGAAAAUGUUAUUUAUUAUUCUUCCUGUUUGACAAAAAAAAUGUAAAAUAAGACAAAUUCGUAUUUUGAAGAUCAUAUACAGACUCCACAGAAUAUCUGCCUCAUUGACUGGAAGGGGUUGUCGAUCUCAUUAUGUAUAGAAUGAAUGAAUUAUUUGGAAAUAUAUUUGUUGCAUGACUUAUACACACUUUGAAAUGACCAAUAAGAAAUAACUAAAUUGAAAGAAAAUGUUAUGAAGAGAUGUAUUGAUACAACUGUAUGCACAAGGUCAGAACCUUGUCAGAAUAUCCCAUUUUCUAACAAAGUAUACAUAGUGAUGAUAAAUUUUCAUUGUUUGAACAGUGGACAAUGCUAAAUCUUUUUUUUUUUAACAAUGUGAUAUGUCAAUACUGUGUCUAGUCAGUAUAGCAAUUCAACUGAUGAAAAUACAGCCAAAAGAAUUGUUUGCCAGCAGUAUUAAACCAACUCACAGUAUAUUUAUGUUUGCUUGCUUUGAAAGAUAUUAAAAAUACAAAAGCAAGCAAUGAAUGAUUCCUAAAUAGGUGUAAAUUAGUUUAUUAAAAUGUACAGAAGAAUUCGCGAGUAUAUCUGGCAAAUGACUUAAAUGUACAUUCGCUUUGUCUAUGGAUUUCUAACAUAAUGCUUGAUAUACAUGUACGAUCUGUAAUUCGGUUUAUUUCUAGACUAGUAUCGUCUGUGUAUAUUGUACAUGUAUGUAACUAUAUAUAUAUUAUAUGAUAAAUUCGGAUCUGAUAUAUAAUUUGUUCCGGAAAUAAAAUACAUAUACUGCAGUUAGCUACAAGAAA